AUGGCCAAUCCGCCAAAUCGGUUGUUUCCUCCUUCAACACCACCUCACCUCCGAGGAGGCUCCUCCUCACAGCAGCAGACAACACAACAGGCUUCAUCAUCUUCACCUGCAAGGUCCGUAGGCUCUUCAGCAACAAUCGGAGCUCAUGGAUCAUCAACAAAUUCAUCAGUAGAUCCUCCACAGCAUAUUCCAAAUGUAACUCCACAACGACCCUAUGGUCUUAACUCACCUUCCGUCAAUAGUAAGAAAGGUGUUCCUAAUGCUGUGUUGAAUUUAGUCACUUCAAUAUCAAAUAGAUUUGUGAAUGAGAUGGAGGAAGAGAAUGAUGAUUUUUUCAAUAACACACAAAAACAAAUUAAUGCUCUAAAUGCCUUGUCGGCUUUUAUUGAAUAUUAUGAGGAUUUGUAUCAAGAUAACACUGCUCAUCCCCUUCUCGACUUGAGAGAAGACUUUAGUGUAGGAGCAGUACUGGAAUGUGUUGCAGAGGAUUUUGUUGAUGAAAUUACUCAACAAUAUUUAAUGAAAUACAUCAUGAGUCAGAGGGACAAUAAUUCGAACAACACAGAAUUAAGUACACCUGAAAAGAGACAAUUAUUAGUGUCAAUUUUGAGAGCUUUGGUGUCAGUGAACCCUUCCACAUAUGAUCAGUCCCCAUUAUUAUUGGAUGAAGUAAUGACAUACUUCUCGAAAGAAAUUAAGGAGUAUUUAGGCAAAGAUGAAAAAACAAACUCUUCAUCAGACUUAUUUGAUUUUGAAUUCAAUUAUUCUAAAUAUGUAUAUUGUCUAGGACUGAUGGCAUGUGUCAUGAGAAGCUCAACAGAUGGCACUUCCUAUUAUAUUCAAGAUGCGAUUCCCCAACUUGUAAUUAACAGAUUUAAAUCAAAGAUUUCUUCUAUACCUAAAAAACCAAAGAAGAAAUCUCCAGAUACUAACUUAUUUACUCCAGAUUUUUCUUAUAACAUUGGAAAUAAUUCAAUACAAGAAUUGGAAUACCUAGAACUCAGGUUUUUGGCCUCAAAUUUAAGUUUAUUGGGCGAGUAUUUAGAGGUCAUACCUCAUGUCAUGCAUGCUGGUGGAGGCUCUUUAAUUCUGCCUCUGCUCAAGUCGAAAGACAAAUUCCUCAUGUCAGACGGCUUGAAAAUUGCUGACUCCUUGCUUGCACAUACCACCUUUGCUCAAAAUUUUGUUGAAAAAGGAUGUCUUGUAGCAUUAUUGAAACUUCCAAAUAUCACCUAUUUGGCAGGAGGUCUAUCUUUAUGUCUCUCCAGUGUUGCUACAUAUCCAGAAAUUAUGGACAAGGUAUGCAAAAAUACAGCCGUUGCAGAAAAAAUAACGGAUCUGGGUCUCUCUUUUGUGAGAUCUAAUCAUACAGAGCUGAGAAGGCAUGGAUGCCACUUUUUUCAAAAUACAUUGGCUUACUCAACCGUUGUGGCUCGAUUUGAUAAGGAAAUGGGGUUGAAUAUGUUAUUAUCUAUUCUCAAGAUUGUUCUUAAUGAAGACAUCAAAGAAGAUCCCUCACUAACGAGACAGCUUAUUACUGCUGCCUGUCAGGCUUUGAGAUCCUAUCUCCAAUAUCAUGUCAUUAAUUUUGGAUUCAAUUUGCAAAAGAAAGCCGCAAAGAAAAAAGAAGCUAAAAUACAUGGAUUUUCAAAAUAA